AUGUGCACUGAGGACAAAAAUCCCGUUGUCAUUCGACUUCGUGGCUUACCGUUCUCAGCUAAAGAAGCGGAAAUCAAGUCAUUUUUAUCCGACGUGUCACCAAAGGAAAUUCGAUUUCGCUAUGGAUCAGAUGGAAAAAUAACCGGUGAAGCAUUCGUGGUUGUCGCGGACAAAGAAGAGGCAGAUCGAGUCAUGGCGCACAAUAAAGAGCUUAUGGGUCGACGCUUUAUUGAAAUAUUACAAAAGUCGNAAGGUUUAGAAAUAGUGGAGAACGGAAUCGGUAUCCUCACGGACAGUCAAAAUCGACCGACGGGAGAAGCAUUCGUUCAGUUUGUCUCUCAUGAUGUUGCAAAUCAGGGAUUGGCUAAACAUAUGGAACGAAUUGGAGGCAGGUAA